AUGAUGAAGUUCUUGUUCAGCUUCCUACUUGUCCUCGCAGUUGCCUUCUAUGGUAUGUUCCAGAAACAUUUGACUAUAAUCUCCUCCAAAGGGUUUCUCCUUAAAUCAAAUAAGUAAAUCGCAUUUUCCUCCCUAGCGUCCGCUGAGGAAACCACCGCAGAAGCGACGAGUACUUCUUCCACAGAAGUUAGUGUUUCUGAGACAGCUGGUAGUGACUCUACCAGUGACUCGCAAUCUGGUCCUUCUUCAACUGCAUCAGAUGUAACUGUGUCUAGUAGUGUUGCUUCCUCCGAACCGCCAUCUGUAUCUACCGAAGGCGCAACGGGUGACUCUACCAGCGACACGCAAUCUGGUCCUUCUUCAACUGCAUCAGAUGUAACUGUGUCUAGUAGUGUUGCUUCCUCCGAACCGCCAUCUGUACCUACCGAAGGCGCAACGGGUGAUUCCACAACGAACUCCGGCGCCUCAAUCCUAUCCAUGGCACAGUGCCUUCUCCUGCCACUCCUGCUUGCUGUGUUCGCUAACCUGUAA